AAACAGUUUAAUUCCUUUUUUCUCUAUCUUUUAGCUUCUGACUACAGCGAUGCUGCUCGAUUCAACUUCAGCUCUUCUCCUCCUAAGCGUCCUCCUACAUCACUCCUCUGUUCUGUCCUGUCGGACUGGGACCCAAACAGAGUGUGAUGCUGCUCCUUUUGUACCAGGACACAAUCUGGUGGGGGAAGGUUUUGAUAUAGUCAGACUACAGAGAAAAGGAGCUUAUGUGAUGGAUAUGAGGACUUACCUGAGCCCCAACAAAACCUGUGUUCUCUGUCCCAACCCUCUUCAAGACGAUGUCCUCCAAAAACUUCCAUCUUCUGUUGUGGACUGGCGUGCCAUCAGUCGAUGCAGUGCUGACAUCUUCAGUAGUCAUCACACCUCUGCUAGCUCUCUUGUUCAGGCUUACUCAUCCCAAGACAACAAUGAUUGGACGGUUGGCCUGGAUGUUCCAAUAGAUCCGGGGUCUGGCAAGUUAGAUGUGGAAGGAACCCGCUCCAAAGCCUACAAGUUCGCUUUAGAAAGGAGCCAAGAGGAUCGCUACACUUUCAGCAUACACAGUGUAGCCUGCAGCCAUUAUGGUUUUCGUAUGUCAAUCCGACCUUCCUUAAGCUUAGAGCUCAAAAAGCAUUUAGAAAUCCUUCCAAGUCACUACGACUCCUCCACUAAGAAUGACUACGACGAGUUCAUACACACCUAUGGCACACACUUCUUCAAACUGGUUCAUCUUGGAGGGCGCAUGAGACGACUGACAUCUUCACGAAGCUGUUUGUCCUCCCUGAAUGGGUUAACCUCAAGUGAGGUCCACAACUGUUUAUCUAUGGGUGUUGCUGUUGGCUUGGGGAAGGUGAAACUCCCUACCGCUGUGAAAGCCUGCAGUAAUGUCCUACAAAACCAGGACUCCUCCACUAACUACACCUCUGGUCUCCACCACCACCACACAGAGAUGUCAGGAGGAAAUGGUUGGGUGGGGGAGUUUUCACUUUACCAAAAUGAUUCCAAAUCCUACCUGAUCUGGCUAAAGAGCCUGAAAGAACAUCCAGAUGUUGUUUCGUACUCCCUUCGACCUCUCUAUCAGCUCGUGCCAAGCAAGGUUCAAAAGGCAGCAGUGAAAGCUGCUAUUGAGCAGUAUUUGAAGGACAAUGCUGUGAAGAAAUCUCCCCCCGAACCACGCUGUGAGGGUAAAAUUCCUAAUUUGGCCUCUAACUGCUGCCCUCUGCAAUCAUCAAGGGGAACACUAGUAGUUACCAUUCUUCGAGGCUACAAUCUCAAAGGAGAUCUUUCUGAUGAGACUGAAGGCUAUGUCCAGGUAUUUUAUGGUACCACGAGGCGCACCACCCGCAUGAUCGUAUCCAACAAUCCAAAGUGGAACGAGGAUUUUAAUUUUGGAAAGGUUGACACAACCCUGGCUCUGAAAAUUGAGGUUUGGGAUCAAGACUAUAAAAAUGACGACCUUCUCGCAAAGUGCGAGGAGUACGUGAGCCAGGGCACUCACACUUUCACGUGCAAAGGAAAGUAUGGAAGAGUUGAUGUUAUAUACACGCUGAAAUGUGACCCGUAUCUGACUGGAGAAAAGUGCAGCCGUUAUCAUCCAUCUCCUUAGUGACAGGAGAUUGAUGAGUUUUGGGAAUGAAAGCAUUUCAUUUCAUCAUGUAACAUUAACUCACUAAAUCUGAUAGAAACUCAUAAUUUAGACUUAAUCGUUUAACUUUGUUAAAGUUAAAUGUGUAUUUAUCAUACAAUGAAAAAAUUCAAGAUUCUGUGUAACAUUUAAUCACAAGAAAUAACAAUGCUUUAAUGUAUGCAAAUUGUAUUCCCUUUCAUGACAAUAAAAUUGUUGAAAUUGCUAC